GCGGUGAGGGAAUCUCUGCUAUCAACGCCCGGAAACCGCUUGUCACUUGUCUUCAGAAGCAUCAAGUGGACAGAGACGUCAGGUCACUUCCUUUCUGGAGUCCUUCGCAAUGGCGUCUGGUACCUUGUAUACUUACCCCGAGAACUUCCGCGCGUUUAAGGCGCUCAUCGCCGCUCAGUAUGCGGGAACCAACGUGAAAGUCGCUCCGAACUUCGUGUUUGGAGAGACCAACCGUUCCGAAGCUUUCCUCAAGAAGUUUCCUCUCGGCAAGGUACCCGCCUUUGAGACUGAUGAUGGCAAAUACAUCACAGAAAGCAAUGCUAUUGCUUACUAUGUUGCCAACCAGCAGCUUCGUGGCAACACUGAUGCUGAGAAGGCCCAGGUUGUCCAAUGGCUGUCUUUUGCCGACAGUGAAAUUCUUCCAUCAUCGUGCACCUGGGUUUUCCCUUGCUUAGGGAUUAUGCAGUAUAACAAAGUUAACACAGAUCGUGCCAAGGAAGAUGUGAAAGUUGCCCUCAACGCGCUCAACCAGCACCUCCUUACUCGUACCUACCUAGUUGGUGAACGAAUUACCCUUGCCGAUAUUGCUGUUGCCUGCAACCUUCUCCACCUUUAUCAGUAUGUGCUGGAGCCUUCCUUCAGGCAGCCUUACCAGAAUGUGAACAGGUGGUUCACUACCAUUGUCAAUCAGCCUCAGGUUAAAUCUGUUAUUGGCGACUUCAAACUGUGUGUUAAGGCCGCUGAGUUUGACGCCAAGAAGUUUGCUGAGUUCCAGGGAGCUCAGGGUGGUGCUGCCAAGAAAGAUGCCAAGAAAGAAACAAAGAAGGAAGCCCCUAAGAAGGCUGAGAAGAAGGAAGCUCCCAAGAAGGAAGAGCCUGAGGAGUUGGACGCCUGUGACGCUGCCCUCCUUGAAGAGCCCAAGAGCAAGGACCCUUUCGAUUCCAUGCCUAAAGGUACCUUUAACAUGGAUGACUUCAAGCGGUUUUACUCAAAUGAAGAGGAGUCAAAGUCUGUUAAAUAUUUCUGGGAAAAGUUUGACCCUGAGAACUAUUCUAUCUGGUAUGCUGAAUACAAAUACCCUAACGAGCUCGCUAAAGUCUUUAUGAGCUGUAAUCUUAUUACUGGUAUGUACCAGCGUCUGGAUAAGAUGAGGAAGCAGGCCUUUGCUUCAGUAUGUCUGUUCGGUGAAGACAACAACAGCACAAUCUCCGGCAUCUGGGUCUGGAGAGGUCAAGAUCUUGCCUUCACUCUGUGUCCUGACUGGCAGAUCGAUUAUGAAUCGUACGAAUGGAAGAAACUCGACCCUGCUGCUGCUGACACCAAGAAGUUGGUAGAACAGUACCUCUCCUGGGUUGGUACUGAUAAGGGAGGCCGUAAAUUCAACCAGGGCAAGAUCUUCAAAUAAACUUGCAACUAAUUUUAAACCUUUUCUAUCUUUUUGGAUUUUUUAAUUGCCACUGUACUCUUUAAAUUAAAAUGUACUGAAUGUCCAUGCAAUAUUUUGAAUAGUAUUUCCAUAGGAUGGCUGGUUAUUUAUUUUAGAAUUUUUUUCGUUGUAUGUUGACUGUUAUAAACCGAAUGGAAAUGCACUGAUAUUCAUUGCCCUGUA